UCGGAGUGGCACCUCCUGCUCUCGGCUCCACCUCCGCCGCUGUAGUCCCUUCGCUUCCCGGACACCUCGGCUGCUCCGCGGACUGUUCUCCUCCUGAUGUUCCCGCUGGUUCCUCCGUUGGUUCCUCCGCAGGCUCCUCUAUCCGCCCCGGUUCCGGUCCGUCCUCAGGCCCACAGACGCGCCGCCGCCUCCCGCCUCAGCCCGAGCAGCGAGCCGGAGGUCGGAGCCCCGGCCGCGUCCAGACCGUGAGCGGCGCUAGCUGCGGGGCUAGCGGCGCGUUAGCCGAGCAGGCAGCGGGGCGAAGGCUCGGUCCGGACGGCCGGCACAGGGAGCGCAGCAUGGCCGGAGGGAACCACAGCAAAGCCGGGGAGGAGAGGGCAGCGAGCCGGGGUCAGAGCGAAGCCAACAGGAGGCUGAAGUACAUCAGUCUGGCGGUUCUGGUGGUCCAGAACGCGUCGCUCAUCCUCAGCAUCCGGUACGUGCGCACGUUGCCCGGCGACCGCUUCUUCACCACGUCGGCCGUGGUCAUGGCGGAGGUCCUGAAGGUGCUGACCUGUCUGCUCAUCAUCCUGCUGCAGAGGAGAUUCAACGUGAAGGAGACGGUCUACUUCCUGGUCGACUCCAUCGUGUUCCAGUACAAAGACACGCUGAAGCUGGCGGUUCCGUCUCUGAUCUACACGCUGCAGAACAACCUGCAGUACGUGGCCAUCUCCAACCUGCCGGCGGCCACCUUCCAGGUGACCUACCAGCUGAAGAUCCUGACCACGGCUCUGUUCAGCGUGCUGAUGCUCAGGAAGUCCCUGUCCAGGGUCCAGUGGGUCUCUCUGCUGCUGCUGUUCGCCGGCGUCGCCAUCGUGCAGGUGCAGCAGGAGGGCAACAAGGAGGCGUCGGUGUCGGGCGGCUCCAACCAGAACUACACCGUGGGGCUGGUUGCCGUGGUGAUCAGCUGCCUGUCGUCGGGCUUCGCCGGCGUCUACUUCGAGAAGAUCCUGAAGGGAAGCUCCGCCUCCGUGUGGGUGCGCAACGUGCAGCUGGGCAUCUUCGGCACGGCGCUGGGCAUGCUGGGCCUGUGGUGGAACGACGGCGCCGCCAUGGCCCAGCGCGGCUUCCUGUUCGGCUACACCGACAUGGUGUGGUGCGUCAUCUUCAACCAGGCGUUCGGCGGGCUGCUGGUCGCCGUGGUGGUCAAGUACGCCGACAACAUCCUGAAGGGCUUCGCCACCUCCUUCUCCAUCGUGGUGUCCACCGCCAUGUCCGUCUACCUGUUCGGCUUCCACGUGGACCCGCUGUUCACGGCGGGGGCGGGGCUCGUCAUCGGCGCCGUCUACAUGUACAGCCUGCCCAAAGCCAGCGGCUCCCCGAGCUCCUCCUCCUCGGCCUCGGCGUCCUCGGCGUCCCCGCAGGCGGACGGCGGCGCCGACAUGGAGGCCUUCCUGCCAAAGUCAGUGCUGGUCAAGUGAAGCUCUCUCUGUGGGCGGGGUCAGAGUCCACCUGGGCGUCCAGCUGCCAAUCACAGAGCUUCCUCUGCUGCUGCUCCUCCCCUGCUCUCCGCUAAGCCCCGCCCCUGAGCUCCUCAGAUCCUCCUCCUGUUCUUAACCUCCCCCUCCUCUUCAUCCUCCUCGUCCUCAUCAUCAUCAUCCUCCUGAGUGUCUGCGUCGCCAAUCAUUCCUUCAGCCUGAAACUUGCUGUUCACUUCUGAUUAUUGAUCUUCAGCAGAAGUCUGACUGAUUGAUCUUCACUUUAUUUAAACCGUAGCAGUAGCAGCAGCGUGAGCAUGUGGUCCAGGUGGAGACCUUCAGACCCACCAGCAGCUUCUGGCUUCAGUCAAAUCACCACAAACACACGAAAGAUUGUUGAUUUUUCAGAGCCGAUUAAAUCUAUAAGUGAUCAUUGAUCAUUGAUCAGGUCCUGAUGUUCCUCUGACUGGGACCGCUGCAGCCCUGCUCCUCCUCCCCCCCCCCACAUCACCACCUUCCUUCUCCUCCUCCUCUUCUUCCUCCUCCUG